AUGUGGUAGCGGCACUUAUCAUUAAUUCAAAGAAGAGGAAGAAGACACAGAUGUGGAUCAUUAACCUAAUGAGACAUAAGUUUUCUUGAAUGUCAUUUGGCAAGUGUGAAUUCUCCAAGUCAUGGUGACUGUACUUCAUUUAGGUGUUAUACUAGCUGUUCUUUCAGCGGCACUGACUAAAGAAGAUAUCAAAGUAUCCUGCUUAAAAGACUCAGUGAGCAUUGCAUGGAGAAUCCAAGCUAGUUUGGUGCCAUAUGCAGCACGCAUUUUUCUUGGAAACUGCAAACCAUCACAUUUUGAUGUUUUGCCCACUGGAGAAGGAGACGUGCUCUUUAAUUAUCAAUUUGAUCAGUGCAGAUUUAAAAAGCGGAUGAAAGGGAAAUACAUUAUAUUUGAAAAUGAACUCGCCUUCAGGCCACAACCAAGGACAAAACCUGCAGCUUUUGUGCUUACCAUAAAGUGUGUAGCUAAAAGACCUGACCAUUGGGUUCCUCAGUUCCUAAAUCCUGGAGCAGGUUCCUCUGAAGCUCGAGGAGGCCUGGUUUUCCACAUGGCUCUUCUAAAUGCUGAACUAAAGGGUAUUGCAGAAAGUAAUAUUAUCCCUCUUGGCUCCUUCAUGCCAAUAUGGGCUGCAGUGGAUCAAAAGUCCCAUCAGCCUUUACUUCUACUUAUGGAGGAGUGUAUUGCAGCAACAACUCCAAAGCUUUAUCGUGAUAGCCAAGUGUACCCCCUCAUUACUAAGCAAGGAUGUCUUGUGGACAGUCUAGAGGGAAACUCCGUCUUCCUUCCUCGAUAUCACUCAUCUUCAAUCAUCUUAUAUCUUCAGUCGUUCAGAUUUGGAUUGGGAAAAGAGUUGUACAUACAUUGUAAAUUGGUUGUUUGGGACCCAGACCAUUUGGAUAGGACAAAGAAGGCCUGCCAUUAUUCUAAAAAGAGUGGAAGCUGGGAGCUCUUAGACAGUCCGGAAAAGAGUUCAAUCUGUAGUUGCUGUGCUUCAAACUGCAUGACAAGAUCCAGGAGACACAUUGAUAGUGAAUCUGAAGGCCUCAGUUACCGCUCCGUUGUAGGACCAGUAAUUAUAGUUGACCAAUCGGGCCAAGAAGCACAAGACACAAAGACUGGAUCCAUCUCUACUGUUGUAUGACAGUGAAUUAAAGAUGUUGAUAAA